AUGGCGAAUGAAAAUUUUCCAAGUGGUGGUGCACCUGAAUUUCCCGAAUUUUCAACACAACUAACUAUUGGUGGCAGGACAGUUUCUAAUGAAGUCACUCCAAAUUCAGAGGAUUCAACUCCUAAGAGCAGGAAAACUCAGCAACCAGCAUGGAACAUUAAACAAAAUUUGGUGCUAAUUAGUGGGUGGAUUAAAUUUGGAACAAGCAGUGUUAUCGGGAGAAACCAGAAAGGUGAAACAUAUUGGGGUAAAAUUGCUGAGUAUUGUAAUGAGCAUUGCUCAUUCGAUCCUCCGCGUGAUGGACCUGCAUGCCGAAACUGUUUUAAUUAUAUGAACAAAAUGUUGGGUAAAUGGAUUGACGCUUAUGAUGGCGCUAAGCGUUUGCAAGGAAGUGGUUGGUCGGAGAAUGAUGUUUUGGCAAAAGCGCAGGAAUUAUAUGCAUGUGGGAAGAAUGUUAGAUUCACAUUAAUGGAAGAAUGGCACGCUCUCCGUGAUCAACCACGUUAUUGUAGUCAAGUAGGAGGAAAUAUUGGCUCAGGAAGUAGUGGAUCUAAGAGAUCUCGCGAGAGUGAUGCAUGUGGCUCAAACACUGUAGAAUCCAGUGCUCGUCCUAUAGGAAGGGAGGCAGCUAAAAAAAGGGCUAACAAUAUAGCCUUGGAAAAGACUAAAACUAAGAAAAUGAAGAUGUAUCUAAAGCUAACUUCCGAAGAGCAUCUAGAUGACCGGAAGAAACAGCUGUUGAUAAAGUUGGAGGCAGAACUGUUUGAUAAUUAA